AUGGAUAUUCUUGACCCCUUAUCACCAUUCGACGAAUACGUUCCUGCUGGCAACACAACAACGCCACCAUCAUCAUCAUCAAACACCCAACCACAAGGUGAUCAAACUCCGAUCACACCCCAAACACCUUCUGUAAACUUUACAGAGCUCAUCGGUCUUCAAGACACUCAUUCCGAGAUUGAAAACCCCGAAGCUGCCCAACAAAAGUUAGCUUCUCUCUACAAUCAAGAAGAAUUCUCUGAUAUUGUUUUCACGAUUGGAAGAAAAAGGUUUUACGCCAUAAAAGCUUUGGUGGUUGGAUGGAGUCCCGUGUUCAAGUCCAUGCUCUGUGGCGACUUUAUGGAAGCUGGUCUCAAAGAAGUUCCUCUUGACGACGUUGAUCCUGUGGCGUUUGAAAUGUUUUUGCGUGUGAUUUAUUCGGGCAAGUCAGGUUUAUAUCCAGUCCACAAUUUCGUUGAUCUGUAUGCUUUUGCAAAUAGAUUUGAAAUUCCAGAGAUUGAAAAAUUGUGUUUAGAGAAGCAUUGCAUGAAUCAAGUUUAUCUGAGCAUGUUUUUUCGCUUAUUGAUGCUUGUGAGAGGUAUUGCGAUUUGGACGAAAUUGAACAAAUUAGAAGAAAUGUAG